AUGUAUCAUCAGCCUUUUUUUUUCUACCCAGCUCUAUCGCCUACGCCUGAUCUUUUCGUCACACGACGUGCGUCCGGUUCUUUCCUUCUGCCCACGCCUCCCUCGCGCGACUCGAGCCGCAUCCGCAUCCGCAUCCGCAUCCGCUCCCACCACCUUCCCCGUCGCCAAGGCCGUGCGCCGCCGCCACGCCCCCCGAGCCUCCUCAACUCCUCGCCGCCGCCAUGUCCUCCGCCCAUCCUCAACCCCUCCCCGCCGCGCUGCCACGCUCCUGCUCCUCGCCCCAUCGUCGUGCGUCGUCCCCCGCCCACCCGCUACCUGGAACCGCCCCCGCCCCCGCCCCCGCCCCCGCCCCCGCCCCCGCCCCGCCCAACGGUUCCUCAAAUCACGCGAACUUCCCUCCCGAUCCCGUCAUUCCCCUCCGCGCAGAUCAAGUUCGUCGUGCAGAUCAGGGGGUUCUCCCCGGAGGGCUACAUCGACGGCAAGAACGACCGCAGGCUCGACGAUUGCCUCCGCUACUGCCGAGGAGGAGGGCCGAGGCCAUGA